AUGUGGCCAGUCCUUCCAAGCAGCAUGCUUAAUGAGGAAUUUGACUGGUCAAUAGAAGGCCUACUGGACCUGAGCAGCUCUCCCAUGAAGAGGCCGGUAAGUAAGACACCAGAGCAGCGUGUCUCUGUACGACUCCGAGUUUUAAGGAAUGGAGAAAAGAAAAACAUCAGAUCCCUGGUGAUCGGCCUGGACAGCUCAUCUGGAUGGAAAUCACAGUGUACUGAAGUUUUGAACUUACCUUCUGCUGCUCGGAGACUUUUCAAUGAAAAGGGGAAGGAAGUCUUUUCCCUGAAAGACCUACAGAGAGAUGAACUGGUAUAUGUUUCAUGUGGAGAACACUGGAUCAAUCCUGACCUCUCCAUUGCUCAACAAAGGAAGCAAGUCUUCCGAAGGAGCCUUGAGUUUGACAUUUCCAAGAUUAAAACCUUUUGCAGCAUGCGCAAGGUGGAAGCUCUUGUUUUAGAAGUCCAAAGUGACCUUGUGUGUGGGGGCAAGCUUGCUGUGAAUAAACCUGUAGCAGAUUUUGAAGAGGAGAAGCAAGUGAAAGGACCAGAGGGGAGGCAGAUGGGAAAUGCUGCUUUAAUAACAAGAGAUGCUCCCAGAGAGACUCUAGAUUCUCAUGCGAGAGCCCAUCUCCGAAUGGAAGCCUGUCGCAGGACACUCAAGUAUGCUUGGCAGGACCCUUCAUAUAACCUUGCUGCUGAUGGCAGCCUUCCAAAGAAAGCAGAGAAAGAGCUCUUUGAACACGUACAGCCCCCAAAGAAACGAAGCCAUUUCCCAAAGCAUAGCAGAUUGUGGAAGCGGAGCCAUCAGGAGUUUGAAUACAGAGAUGGGCAAAUCAUCAGCCUCGCUGCUCCUCGGCUGGUCCUGGGAGUACAAGUCUCCAGACCCCGUUCAGGCACAGAGGUCAUUUUGGUGGAAAAGAAAUCUGAUGAAAGUCGCCAACACUGGACACACAAGGCAGACAGCAGGACCUUUCACCUGGUGAGUAACCCAGACCUUGUACUGGCAGUGUCUAUGACCAAAGCUAAAAAUGAAGCCCAUGGCUAUCCGGUUAUCAUUCAGAAAUAUAAACCGUACAGUAAUGGGGCUGCCAAUCAAAAGUGGGAUUACAUGGAAAAUAAGAGAGCAUUUAUAGCCUUUCACAGCACGGCCUUGGAUAAGGAAAUCACCCUGGCUAAUUUUUCUGGCCUUUGCACGUCAUCUGUCACUAAAGAAAACAUUGAUCAGCCUGGAUACUGUUACAUUUCACCUGACGGAAAGAGAAAAAUCACGUUCUGCCUGGCUUGCGGAAGGUCCAUGCGGGCAAAAAAGGAGCUGAAAGAGUUGCUUCCAAGGGUUCCAUUCUUCUGUGUUUCAGGCUCAGCACAGAAGUUCUUGCCACAAGGUCCUUUCAAAGUCAUCAGUGUUGCCAAGGCUGAUUUAUCUUCUUCUGAAGCUGAAGACACGCUAAGAUAUUAUGAGAAGUGUCUGUCAUCUUUACGGAUGAAGACACAUGCAUGCAUCACGUCUCACGGUGGUGUGGUACCUUCAUACCAGAAGGUGGUGAAAAUAAUGGCAUACAAAAAUGGGGAUGGAUAUCGGAAUGGAAAGUUAAUUGUGGCUGGAACAUUCCAUGAGCUUCUUGCAGAAUGCACGGAACGACUUCAACUCACCAGAGCAGCUUCCAAAAUCUACACCAGAGAUGGAACUACCAUCCUCACCUUGCAUGACUUGGUUCUGUGGGCUAUAGGUGAAAAACUUACCCCAAGACAACCUAAGGGGCAAGAGAAAAGCACGGAGUCUGUUGGGACAGAAGACAUAGCUGUUCAAAAUACAGAAGAAAGCUCAAGAAUGACAAUGGAGAGCAGACUGGGUUUUGUGGAGGGCAUAGAUAAGUCCCUGCUUGCUCAUGUCCUCAGAAGCCCUGUUGCCGUUUGGGUGUCUUGUGGUGAGCCGUUUCUGCCUCUAAAUGCUCCAUGGAAAUCAGAAAAAAUAAAGAAACAAAACUGGCUGAAGAGGGACAAAAUUUUGGCUGAUUUGGACACCAUGAAACACAAGAUGCGACAGUUGAAAGGACGGCGAGUAGCAGCAUGUCAGCCAGCCACUAUGGUUCCCACCCAAAGCCCUCUGCAGCCAGUGGUGGUUCAAGGAGGAUGGACUGAGCAGACUCAAGAGGAAAUGAAGCUCAUGGAACUAAUAAGACAGACAGAGGCACACCUUUCUGAAAGCCAGGAACUGCAGUCCAGACACUCUCUGAUCGAAGCUCAACGCAGAGCAGAGGGGCAGCACAGCCUGUACCAGGCUCCCCGAGUGAAACGAGUGUGGGUUUAUCGGAAUGGAGACAGACCUGACGAUGGCACUUAUGUCCAGGCCAGUGCUUUGUCAGAGUUGCUGGAUGAUUGCACUGCUCGUCUGAAAAUGUCCCACCCAGCCAAAACCCUUUAUACCUCAAAUGGGGAGCUCAUUCGGUCAUGGGAUGACAUAGAGAGGGGUAUGGCUGUCUGUGUGUCUGCAGGACAAGGCUUUAUAACCUCAAAAGAAAAAAAGUGA